ACUCUCUCUAUCUCACUGAGUGCCUCUCGUUGACCUUCCUCUCAGCGCUCACAGGCCUGGUCCUAAAUAAUAAAUGAGUAGCCUGGAAAGAGCCCUGCGAGUGUGUGAGCCACGUAACACCGCUAGGAAGCUGACCAAAGUUGCAGACAGAAAAAAAACGUCAUUGAGCAAUGGAGCCUUGGAGCAGAGCUUCCCUCCUCUGAAGACCUGCUGAAAGUCCACCAACAACAACAUCAACUCUGUUUUGGAGAAGUUUCCACUCAGCACCAAGGGACGCGUGAACCCCACCUCUGUUUGCAACUCAAAUAGGCUCGUGUUCCUGUGAAUGCACCUUUAUAUCUUUAACUACAGCUUUCUAACUGUGUGCCCUUCCCUCAUCCAUUUUCUCACUAUGAGUUCUCUGAGACUUCUCCCUCUGUUGGACUUUGGACACACUCAACAACACUCAGGAUUAGAAACCAAGAUGGAGUAUCUUACCUGGAGAUAAGUCUGAGUUUUUUCUCUCUUCCCCAAGUUGUUGAUAUGGAUGUGAGGACUGGUAGUUGUCUACAACCCACAGCUUGGAUGGUGAUGUUUCGGAUAUAUUUCUCUCACCUUUUUUCCCUGGAACCAUAAAAGUUAUCGUAUUGAAGAUGGGAAAGAGACGUUGCAACUACUUCAUAUGUUGCUUUCCUCUAAAACCAUGUAGAUAUCUGCCGUCUGAUUGCACAACAUAAGCCGUUUUGUCUCAUCGUACUUGGACAGUUUUGCUUGUUGCUUUUUUACAUGAAGAGAUAUUCUUACAGAUAAACUGCAGCAUUGUUUCUGCUCCCACAGGCCCUAACGUAGGCUUGUUUGGCCUUACAGAAGGGCCUCUCUAAGGGGCACAGGGAGCAUAUGAGAAAUCUGGGAACCUGAACCUGUAUUCAAUAUCCUGAAGAGAAACAGGAAGAGAAAAACAAAGCUGCAGUGACAGUUCAUAAGUGUGGUGGUGGCAUGGCAGCAGAACACGGUGAGCUGCUGUCUGAGAUGGCCACCGUCGGGCGUCUGAGCGCCACCGAGCGCCUGAAGCACGCCCAGAAGCGUCGCGCUCAGCAGCUGAAGUCGUGGGCGCAGAUGGAGAAGGACGCGGUGCGAGGGUCGAGGGCCAAAGCAGACAAAAAGAAGAAGGCGAGGACCACUAGAGUUACAUUCCCAAACACGAUCACCCUGCUGGACGCUGCUGCACGCUGUGACCUGGAGGAGGUGAGGGAGCUGCUUAACGGUGGUAUCAGCCCAGAUCUGGUCAAUGAGGACGGACUCACAGCCCUACAUCAGUGCUGCAUCGAUGACUUUGUGGACGUAGUGCAGUGCCUGCUGGAUGCUGGUGCCAACGUGAACGCCUGUGACAGUGAGCUGUGGACUCCGCUGCACGCUGCUGCCACCUGCGGACACACCGGGCUAGUGCAGCUCCUGAUUCAGUCUGGGGCUGACCUGCUGGCUGUAAAUGCAGACGGAAACAUGCCCUAUGACCUCUGUGAGGAUGAGGCCACGCUGGAGCUGCUGGAGAUGGUUAUGGCUGAACAGGGUAUAACUCAGGACCGUAUCGAUGAAUGUCGAGAGGCGAAAGAGGCGGUCAUGGUCACCGACAUUCAGGCUCUGGUUCAGAGCGACGUGGACUUAAACGCUCAAGACGAUAACGGAGCAACACUGCUUCACAUAGCAUCAGCUAACGGCUACAUGUCUGUGGCGGAGCUGCUGCUCGAGCACAGGGCUCAGGUGGAGCUGAAGGACUCUGAUGGCUGGACGCCGCUGCACGCCGCCGCCUGCUGGGGUCAAAUCCAAAUGGUGGAACUGUUGGUGGCCCAUGGAGCCAGCCUGAACACCAAGUCCAUCCUGGAGGAGACUCCUCUGGAUGUGUGUGUGGACGAAGAGGUCAGAGCCAAACUGAUGGACCUGAAGCACAAACACGAUGCCAUCAUGAAGAGCCAGGACCGGCAGAAGGGCACGCUGCAAAGACGAGCCUCAAGCGCAGGCAGUCGAGGUAAGGUGGUGCGACGUGUCAGUGUGAAUGAGCGCUCCAGUCUGUACCGGCGGGAGCAUCACAAAGAGGCCAUGGUAUGGCAGGAGCGUGGGCGGCAGCCAGAGCCACAGGACGACGACGAGGACCGACAAACAGAUAAUGAGCUACACCAGCAUGCCACAAUGGUUGCGGCUGCCGAUGCAACGUCACGUUCAGAAGAGCUGGAGGCUGCAGACAGGAAAAUAGUGUCCAGUCUGGGUAACGGAGGGACUUCUGUUUCUCUGGCCUCCUCUGUGCCAGGAGAGCUGUGGAUUGGUGGAGGUCUCAUGGACCGCAGCGCCUCCUACCAACUCAGCCCUGCACCUGUAGCCGGGUCUGCAGACAGCGAGGGGGCAGACAAUAUGACUCGGGAGAAAUCCCACCACACCCUGGCCGACUUGAAACGCCAGCGGGCGGCUGCCAAGCUCAACAAGUACCCAGCACCUCCCCCACCCCUGCCCCCCACCGCAGAGGAGCGGCCUUCUAGCGCAGCUGGCGAGGUCACAACCACGCAGGCUCCGGUAGAGUUUCAGCUGGCCCCCAUUCCUGUGGAGGAAGUCUCCCCGAGCCAGGUGUACUUCACCCAGGCAAGCGGAGAUCCUCCAUUGCUGAAACUCAGAGCGCCCGAGGAGGAACAGCCGAACAAUAAGGAGCCAUGCUGCGGACUCAUGUAGACACACACACACACACACACACACACACACACACACACACACACACACACACACACACACACACACACACACACACACACACACACACACACACACACACACACUGCCUACAGAGAAGCGGGCAUGUUACACUCCAAAGUGGCAAACAGCUGAUUAAACAGACAUGCCUGAGGUGAACCAUUGCAGACUCCAAGUUAAGGCCACAUGCCAAUGAGCGUCUAAAGCACAUUUCAGUGAACUGAAGCACCGUCUUUGUGCUCAUUAAACCUUUAAUCAGUACACACUAAACACUGAAGGUCUUUGGAUGUCUCUCUUAUGUGGGGAUUUAUGAUUCAUUGUGAGUCCAGAGUUAAGUUAGCAGCUUGCAGGAGAAAAAGUGUUCCAAUCAGAUUUCCUUUUUCACUGAUCAUCACUUCCCUCGUUUCUCAACCUCACCGCUCACCACGAUGACUGUUCUCUGUAAAAGCUCUGAAUCAUGGUCAAGAUGAAAUAUUUAUUUAAACUUUAUUGAAAUUAAAGCUAAAGAUUUGUUUUUUAUAAUUAUGAGUUUAAAUUCCUUUGUUUCUUUACUGAGCGUCCUUAAUGGUACAUGAUCUUUACUCAUACAUUCACUCUGUGAUUAAGAGGUUUCUUUCAUGGUUGGGAGAUUGCUUUGUUGAUACUCAAUAGUCCAGUUUACAUUUGAGCUUCUCUGAAUUUACAGACACACAGCGGUGUAAUCAAGGAACGUGUCCUUGUUUAUUUUCUUGAACUGAAUAUGUAAUGGUUUUCUCUUCUUUUUCAAUGCACAGUCUAAAUCUCAUUCUUUGUAAGGGUGCAAUUUGUAAAUUAAGUGUUUGUCUAUAAGAGAAUGUGACCUGAUCUAUAUUUAAAUCAGUGGAUAAUCACUCAGCCUAUCUUUAAUCUCAGAUUUCUAUUUUUCUGUCAGUAUUUCUAUUUUUCUACCCCAAACUGAAUCACAUUAUUUAUUCUAUCUAAUGCUAAGUAGGACUACAAGUGUACACUUCUUGUAACCAUUUUUUAAAGAUAAAAGUCUAAACGAGAUAUUUAUCAAAGAGAUUAUGAUUUUUUUAUCAAGCUAUCGAAACUUGUCAUAUGAUUGUGUGUUACAAAUUUGUGCCUUCUCUUGGUGGCAGAUUUGAAAUCUUUCUGCAAUGCUUGCACAAAGUUCUCGAAGUUAAUUUGGUGAGGAGUGGGGUAAAAUAAUGUAAAUAUCACACGUGGACUCCAACUUAAUGAGCUUCCAGUGCACUCCAAUUUCAGUCAUCCAUUUCAGAUUUAUUAGUGAUUUGUACUGAGCCCUAUUUAGAAAAAGAAAAUAUAAAAACAUGUUUUCAAAAAAUGAUAGUUGUUUGUGUUUGUAAAAGCAUGAUGGUUCUUUUCACAGUGAUUUCUGGGAAGGUUUUAUAAAAUAUUUUCCAGCUGUAGGCCUAUUCCCUCCGUAUUUUCAAGCUUCUACACUUCCAAUGGUAUCCCCCCUUCCUUCCCCCAUUUUCCUUUAAUGUAUGCAGUAGAGUGUGUCUUAAGAUUUGAUAAGCCCUUAUAUAAACCUGAAAUAAUCUUACCUAUGACAUCCGAAUUGUAUGCUUUUUUAAACAUUCCUAAAAAAACA